UUGCUGACAAGCAUUAAGCUCCUCAAACCUUAUAUUUUGCCUUGAUAUGCAACCGUUGGCUUUGUCAUAAACAAACAUCUGCUACAGCAGAUCAAAGCAGCCUUCAUAUUCAACGCCAACAGUGCUUAGUAUUUCGAGUUUACCAGCCUUCUAGCACGAUUAAGUAUAAUAAAAUUUUGCUCUUGGUCUUUACUACUUGUAUUGGAAGAUGGUGAAUUACUGGAAAUCGAAGGUUCUUCCGAAGAUUAAGAAAGUUUUCGAAAACCCAAAAAAGACCGCCGCUGCGGAAGCGUGCAAGAAUUUUGAUGAGUCGAAGGAACAAUAUGCAAAGGAGUGCGAAGACAAAAAGGCUGAGCUUCAACCUAAAGUUCUUGAAAUCUAUGAAGCUUCCACAACUGAGAUCAAGACUUUGGUCAAGGAACCCAAGGACUCAGCUCUGAAGAAACACUCCGCGGCAGUCCAGAAAUUCCUUGACGAGCUUGCUAAGAUCGAAUUUCCCGGGUCGAAACCAGUGUGCGAAGCGGCUUCCAAGAUUGGCCCAGGAUAUUUACCUGGUCCUGUCUUCUUUGUGUUGGAGAAGGUUUCUACGUUUGUAGUUACUGAGGAGAAGAAAGAAGAGGCUGCGCCCCCAACUGAAAAAACUGAAGAAGAGACGAGUGGCGUAGAGGUCAAACCAAAGGAGAUUGUGGUGGAACUAGAGAAGGAGGAACCCCCCCCUGAAGCUACAAGCUCAGAGAAAAUAGUUGAAACGGCAGAAAAGGUUGAAGCUGCACAACCAGUCCCAGCAGCAGAACAGCCGAAGCCCUGACGCUGACGGGAAGAAGCUCCAUCCUGCUAUGUUAUAUGUAAAAUUAUUUGUUACUGUGUGAAAGAGUGGAACUAUAUAUGUGUAUAUCUGAUUUCUUAUUCUUUGUUCUCUUUUUCUUUUUCUUUUUUCAAUUUCUUGUAAUUGUAACAAUAAUCUCAAAAACAAGGGCCACCUCUCGUUUAUGUACUGUUUGUGUGAAAUUGUACCCACAGUUUGGUGUUGAAAUGGAACCAAUGAAAACUUUGCUUAAUUUGGAUUA